AUGGAGAACUACCAGAAGUCCAAGGCAGUGGAGAAGCCUUCUCCCCUCCCUUUCACCAGCUUGCCCUCAGACAUCAUUGAAAUGAAAGUGAAGGACGGAAGCAAAAUCCGGAACCUGAUGGGCUAUGCCAUUGGCAAGAUGGAACAAGAGACGACGAGACAGAUGCUCUUCAGCGGAGUUGGCAAAGCCAUCAACAAGACCAUCACGUGCGUGGAGAUUAUGAAGCGGCGGCUCAAAGAUCUUCAUCAGAUCACAAAAGUGUUCUUUCAGCAAAUAGAGGAGAUCUGGGAACCGAUUGUGCCAGAGGCCGGCCUGGAUCCCUUGACUGUGAAACGAAAUAUCCCUGCCAUUUGUGUUUUGCUGAGCAAAGACCCCCUAGAUCAUCAGGAGCCAGGUUAUCAGGCUCCGGGAUCCUUUGAUGCUUUCUGGUUGGAAACGCUGAAUUCGGAGUCCCAAAGUCAGCCGAAAAGGAAGAAGGGGGGCGGGAGAAGGGCAGGCCCUGCAGGAAAGCACCCCUCCUCUGCCUUUUGAUAAGAAUCCCAAAACAAGCCUCAGUCGAGCGGACUGAAUUGCUUACCUAUAGAGCAAAAGAAAGCCGGACAGUUUUCAUAUUGAGAGAGGAAAAUGGAGAAUCUUGGAAUGGAAAGAGGCUGAUUUAAAGGAAGCGGAAGAAAAGAGGCUGGGUCAGGUUGAUCAUCGGCAUCUGGCAAAAGGGCUCUUUUCUUCCUUUCAGGACGAAACAAAUGCUCUGGUGGAUUGUUCUAGUGGUCGAAACAAUAAUGAUUAAAAAGAGCCUUCCUGGUUGGGGGAGAUGUGGAAAAUCUGUGCCUGUUUACCAAGAAGGUAGCUAUGACGUUUGCCUGAUGAUUUCCUCAGUGGAUGACUUGGAUGUUACCUUAGGAUCUAAUUCUGUGAGAGGGCAGGUAUUUUCUGCUUCCAAAAUUUGAUGGUGACAGGUGAUGGUGACAGGGGAAGGAGGCCCUGUUUUUUGUGGUAUUCUUUGGCUUUAACACAGGGCUCUCCAA